AUGAACUGCUUGUGUCCGCUGUGGAUCUGCUGGUGGGCCUUCAGGCUGUUGCCCUGGUUGAAGCUGCGCCCGCAGGUGUCGCAGCUGAAGGGCUUCUCGCCGGUGUGGAUGCGCUGGUGCCGGUUCAGGUUGCCCGAGUUGCUGAAGGAUUUCCCGCAGGUGUCGCAGCUGAAGGAUUUCUCCCCGGUAGCUGGGCGACUUGAAGCUCUUCCCGCACACCUCGCAGCCGUGCGGCUUCUCCACCGUGUGCUCCUGCUGGUGCGCGCGCAGCUCGGUGAUGGAGCACAGCCGCCGGCCGCACAGCGCGCAGCCGCAGGGGAUGCCGGCGGCGUGCGUCUGCAGCCCGUGCGCCCGGUAGAAGCUCUUGCCGCACAGCUCGCAGGCGAAGGGGCGCACGGCGGCGUGCAGCCGCUGGUGGUUCCGCAGCAGCUGCCGCAGGGUGAAGCCCUUCCCGCAGACGUCGCAGCGUUAGCCGGUAAAGAGCCACUUGCCCGUGUGGAGCAGCAGGUGAGCGUUGAGGCUCCUCUGGAAAGCGAAGCUUCGGCCACACUGGGAGCACUGGAAGGCCUUCUCCGCGCCGGCCCCGUGCGUGGCCCCGUGCGCGGCCCCGUGCGCGGCCCCGUGGGCUUUGAGCUGCAGCAGCUGGGUGAAGCUCUUCCUGCGCUGCUCCCGCUGGCUCCUCCGCUCCCCGGAGGCUCGGGCCGGAUGGGCCUGAUGGGCCUUUGGCUUCGGGCCGCGUUUGGACCGGGUGGCGUAAACCGGGUCCCCCUGGUCCCCCUGGUCCCCCUGGUCCCCCUGGUCCCCCUGGUCUGGAUCCUCUGA